GUACUGGUAAAAAGUUUAAAGAAAAAAUGCAACGCUGAAACAGAAAAGAAGCCAUGUUUUUUUGGCUAGCUGUGUUGAAAAUUGAAAUUUUUAUCUACUGCAAAAAAGAGCGGACCCGUGUUGACGUCUACAGUGUAAAUUAAGUUGAGAAUUUGCAACUAAAUUUUUAUCGAAAAAUUCUUGCCGGAAUAAGUGCGCUAUAUCUUAUUACGUUCCAGAAGUUACUUAAAACGCCAAAGUUGAGACUUUGAAAAAUAAUAAUGAACUAAAGUAUUUUCUUAAAAGCCUUCAAGUUGAAAUUGCGGUGCAUAGUUGUGUAUACAUACACAAGUGAAAAAUCGAGAACAGUCAAGUCGUGAAAAACGUAUAUUUGUUUCCAAAAGUGCUGUGUUAAAAUACUUUUUCGGUAUCCCGCGCGGGUUUCUGCCUGAAGGUUAUGACAAAUAAAAGGGAGAUAUUCAAUAUGUGGCAAAAUGAAGACAGUUAUUUGAGUGAUAUUAAAGCGUUCCUGCUUUCGAGUAGUUUCAAAAUUAUUAUAGCUGAAAAUGGAUUCGGAUGAUUCUAAUCCGGGAUCUUCGAUUUCAAACUCGUCAUCCAUUUCGUCGGAUAACUCCCGAUCUUCCCCGGAACCAGUAAAUGACGCUGAAGCUACCAAUGCACUUAAUAUAGAGACAAGCGAGAAUGUGGAAGGACAGGAAUUGUCAAGGCCAAAUUCGCGGUGUUCAAAUGUUGGUCCGAAUUCUCCACAUUCGUCUUCAAAAUCUGAUUUUAAUUCAUCAUCGUCUUCUUCGUCGAGCGAUAAUGAAAAUGGUGGCAUUAAAUCACCGAUUGGAAACUCUCCCGUAAAAAGAAGUCGAAGUCGUACUCCGUCACCUCGGGCUCCAAAGUCUCAACGUAGUUCGAGACAUUCAAGUUCAUCUUCUAACAGCAGUGGAAGCAAUAGCCCUAAUUCAAAUUUCCGUAACAGCGGGACAAACAUCAGUCAUGAGGAAUUAAGUGAUGUAAGUGAUAUCGAGAGUGAAAAACGCGGCUCUCUUUUGAACAACAGUAAGCAGUCUAUUGACGACGAAGGUACAAAUGUUUCUUCACCAUCGGCUCCGUUAGACCAAGAAGGCCAUCGAAAUGAAAAUAACUCUGAACGGAGGUACUCUUUAGAAACUGAUAACAGCCAGAAUGCCGUAAUUACGGAUUUACGACAAAAGUUGGAUCAAAUUAAAACUCAUGCAAAGGCUACGGAAACCACAAAGCCAUCAGACGAAGCGACAAAUUCCAAUGAACUGGAGCAACAAAAUGAUCCUAUCGUGGAGUUGGUCAAACCAAAUGAUGAAGAUGCUUUGGAUUUUGAAGCUGAAGAAGGUGAAUGCCAAGACAUAAGUAAGGAUGAUGAGAAAGAAACAGAUGAGCAACAAAGUAAAUCAGGUAAGGAUAAUGAAAAGGCUUCGAAAUCUGAUGGAGAAGCUGAAGAGGGCGAAGAGUUAGAAGAAGGUGAAGUGACAGAUGAAGACGAGAAACGGCCAGAGGAAACCGAACCUAAACCAGUUUGCCGCUUUUAUACCCGUGGUCAAUGUACGUGGGGAAUGAGUUGCCGCUUUCUUCAUCCUGGGGUAACAGAUAAGGGAAAUUACACCAUGUUUGAUUUGGUGCGUCCUGUUCCUGUUACACAAACUGGCCCAGCUGCCUCUCGGCCUACCAAUUAUCCGGCUCAUCCAAUAGACUAUCAUGACUUUCGCACGGAUCGGCCGGUAUUGCAUCACCGAUUGGGCUUGCAACCUACGCCUUCUGUUUUUGGUCCGCCCCUUGAUCCUAGAGCGCCAGCAGCGGAAGUUCCGGUCGUUAUUGAAAGCGCCUGGGAACGCGGCUUAAGAACGGCUAAAGAAAUGAUGCGCAAGGCAAAUAAGCGAAAAGAGCAAGACAUGGAUUUCGAGGACAAGAAAAUGAAUUUGACUUUAUCUCCAGAUGAAAUCGAAAAGGAUGCAUACUAUCUCAAGGAAAGGGCUUCCCCACAAGAUAUUGCCCCACCUUAUGGUCGUCACGGCUUAUAUCAAGAACCACUUGGCUUGUACAGUCCAACCGAGCGAUUUCCACGUGGACCACCAAUACCUCCAGCAUAUGAUGAUGUGGAUUCGUAUGGUCGUUCAGCACGUUAUCGAGAGCUGCCUCCUCAUCGUAUGCCCCACUAUGAAGAUGAGCGACGAGUGCGACCGACUCGAGAAGUUAUAGUUCAGCGUGUUGAACCUGUGGGUCGUGGUGACGAAUGGCGCGAUCCUUGGAUGAGAUCACCUGGAGUACGAGGAGAUUCACGAGACCAUAGUAGCAAACGACGUCAUGAUCGCCGUAGCUACAGUAGCAAUUCUUCAUAUUCUUCCUCAAGUAGUUCCCGAUCUGACACAAGCUCGGAAAGUAGCCGUUCGUCAACACCGGUUGGCCAUAGGCGUCGUUAUAAUAGCUCGCAUAAGACAUCACCUACACGUAGACAUGGAAUGCGAUCUGCUCGUUCACCGAGCAUACCUCGUCGUCCACGUCAUUCGCCAAGUACUCGGCAUUCUCCUAAUUUGAAGAGAAAAGGUACAAUAUCGCCUGCGUUAGAGAAGAGAAAUGCGUACAGUCCCUUGCAUAAAAGGAAAAGGCCAUCAACAACCUCUAAGAAAACUGACAAGUCGAAAUCUAGACACCGAGUUACUUCGAGUUCUUCGGAAUCAGGUUCCUCUGACUCAAGUGAUUCGGAUUCAGACACUGGCUCAUCCAGUUCAGAUAGUUCGUCCCUGUCUAGGGAAAGGCCUAAUAUUAAACGCUCUAGAACAACGGACAAGGUAGUGCAUGAAAGAAGAGGUGUCAAGAAAGCUGAGCCAACUAAAAAGAGAUCACCAAUAUCUAUUGAGAUUAAGAAGCAACCUACAGUAGGGGUAUCGGCUCUCGCUUCAUCACCUACACAUUCAAUAAAUUCGGAAAAGGAUUUGAAGAAGUCGCGUCGUGAGGAAUUACUAAAGCAACUGCGCGCAGUAGAGGAUGCAAUUGCAAAAAAGAGAUCUAAACUUAACUGAUA